AAAAUUUUCCCCCAAAUUUCUAAUUUCUCCUCAAAUCAACCUCAAUUUCUCUUCUCAACAAUCAAAUCAACCUUAAAUUCUUCAAAUUCGUUUCAUUCUCUAUCGAUUGAUACCUCUUUUGUCUCUAGCCGUAAGGAAAUUGAAUUCCGAGUUAAAUAUGGUGCAAAAAAGACCAUAUGGUGAAGAAGAGUUGUAUGAGGUUUCCUCUAAGCAACCGAGACAUGUAGAACCAAGUAGUCAGCUAGUUUCCUCUUUGGAGUUUCUGUGUGAAUCGGUGGCUCCAAAGUCUUACACCUCAGGUGGAGAUGAGGAGAAUUUUUCAAAAGUCAAAGCUGCCACUGACAAGAGACCUGAUAGUGGCAAUGCGGCCGAAGUUCCUGUUUCUUCUGAGAAAGCAGUUGAGCCGAGCAUUCAUGGCUCUGCUUCGAACUCGUCCUGGGCGACGAGUAGCACCAGUGAAGAAGACAUCAGGUCCGAGGCACCUUUUCACAUAUUGACGGCUUCUGAAUAUUACAAUAGUGAUCCUCCUCCAUUCAGAGUUGUUAUUAAUCCAAGGGAGGUUUAUGCUUCUCUUUUGAGCAAUCCUCCUCGAAAGUUGGUCCCCAUCGGACCAGAUUUCCAAGCUGAAUUACCAGAAUGGGGUGCAUGGGAUAGUAAAAAUAAAUCCAUCAAGGAGAGCACUAAUGAAAGCUUGAAUCUUCCAUCUCAAGCUCUAGAAUCAGAUUGUGCGGAUCAUCCUGAUGAAGAAAAUAAACUUACUGGGACAUGUAUCAUUCCAAUGCCUAAAUUGGAGCUACCUGCAGACCAUGAGGAGAAUGGUGGAGCAGGAAAAAGUGGGUGCUCCUGUGAAGAAGCUGGUUCCUUCGGAUGUGUUCGAGUGCACAUCUUGGAAGCAAGGGAGAAACUUAAGGAAGCCCUGGGAGAGGAAACAUUCGUUAGGUUGGGUUUUUAUGAUGUCGGAGAGGGAGUGGCAGAGAAAUGGAGUGAAGAGGAAGAGGAAUUAUUUCAUGAGGUUGUAUUUUCCAAUCCUGCAGCACUAGGCAGGAAUUUCUGGAACUACCUCGCUGUUGAAUUUCCUUCACGGAGCAUGAGAGAACUCGUUAGCUAUUAUUUUAAUGUCUUUAUGUUGAGGAAACGUGCCAAGCAGAACAGGUUUGACCCUUUAAAUAUAGACAGUGAUAAUGAUGAAUGGCAAGAGAUUGAUGAUGAUGUUGUAGCUGCCGAAGCUAAAAUGACGGAUGAAGAUGAGGAUUCUGUGGUUGAGUCACCAGUAUAUCAAAAUUAUCCUGGUUGUAAUGAGAUAUACACGGAUGAAAAACAAGUAUAUGAUGAGGAGGCUGGUGGUGAAACCUUGAAGGAUUAUCGGAAUACAGACUUUUGCAGGAGGAAGGUCUCAGUGAUGUGUCAGAAGCAUGUCCUGAUAAAUUGAUUGAUAAUAACAGCAGUUCUGGACACAAUAUUUGGCCUUUAGACAGACACCACUCAAAUGAAGUGGGUGACCAUGAGGUACAAGAUGACUCUUGUACCACUGGUGCAACUGAAGGUCGCUUCACAACCACCACAGGGGAACACUGAAAAUUGUAAACAAUGGGCAAGUCAUUUUGCUGGUGUUGGCAGUGGCAGUGGGCGUGAUUUUGUGAUGGAGCCAUCUAAUGGUAAGGAAUGGGACAUUGGUUACUUAAGCUGUGCUAAAAAUGAAGUUGACUUGUUACCAACCUGCACUGUGAUUGAGGAAGUGUUUGGAGAUGGAGCCUGGAGUUCCAAGAACAGAGAUGGUCAUAGUUUAAGCAAGCGUUGACAUAUUCACCCACCUGUUGCAUAUGAUACCGGUUUUUUUGCAGUUGGAUAAUCCUUGGAAUGCUUCUUGCGGAUAGUAGAGUCCAUUUUUACUUGUAUAUUGUUAAUGGUGGAAGGAGAAAGCAUGUAAGAAAUGAUUAUGCAUAGGGGUGUUACAUUAGCUGAUUUUGGUGGCUUUAAUCAAACUGUUUAAUUGCCAUUGUUUCCUAUUGUAACAUCAGAAAUUUGAGAUUUUCGACCUUGCUUUCGGCUGUCUGUAGGAAGCUGUUUUGAGAUAGGACUUAGGAUUGAUUUAUAUGUAAAGUAUAACUAUGGCCGAGUCGAGCCAUAUUUCAAGAAAUGGAAAAAGAAAUCUUUCAAAUUG